CGUUCAAUCGUUGGUGUCAGUGGAAGGAAUAGCGCCACAUCGUUGGUGUCAGUGGGAGGAAUAGUUCUCCAUCAUUGGUGUGAGUGGGAGGAAUUGUGCCCCAUCAUUGGUGUCAGGGGAGGAAUAGUGCCCCAUCAUUGGUAUCAGUGGGAGGAAUAGUGCCCCAUCAUUGGUGGCAGUGGGAGGAAUAGUGUCCCAUCGUUGGUGUCAGUGGGAGGAAUAGCGUUCAAUCAUUGGUGUCAGUGGGAGGAAUAGCGCCCUAAUCGUU